AUGCACAAGUGGUACAACGAACCUGAAAUCCUACCAGCAAUUGGCUUGUCUGACCACCUGUCCGUUCUUGCUACUCCUGCUGUUCAAGCAAAACAACCCAAUAAUAUUAUUAAGAAAACUGUACGUAAAACAAAAACGUCUAGCAUAACAUCACUUGGAAAAUUCGUCAAGUCAUUGGACUGGAGUCACCUUUACCGCUUAUAGAUACAUUCCUGCCAAAGAAAAAGGUUAAAGUUCAUUGUAGGGAUAAACCAUGGAUCACUCCGGAUUUGAAAAAGCUUAUAUCAGACAGACAACAUGCAUUAGCUGCAGGGAAUCGUAAUUUGUAUAAUCAACGUAGAAAUGAUGUCCGCAGAGCAAUAAAACAAGCAAAACCUUCCUAUUUUCAAACUCAGGUUAAACAUCUUAAAACCGCUGAUCCAUCGAAAUGGUGGAAAGCCGUGAAAAAUCUGGCAGGCUACACUUCAGAUAAGUCUUUUCAUUCUGUGAUCAAUGACAACCGAAUAUUAGAAGGUAAAGACCUAGCAAACGCUAUCAAUGAAUCAUUUGUUGCUGUUAACAAGUCUAUGCCCCUCUUUCCGAAUUCGAUAAACAAUUCCUUAUAA